UACAGAACGAAUCAAAACAGCUCCAUCCUUCACUCAAUCUGCCGCUCUCCCUGCGUAAAUCCCGACCAAAUCAAAACAUCGAGUACUGUCCGCCGUCGUUAUAAUCGCUGCCGAUAAGGGCAUUAUCGUCGUCUCCACAACUACCCUUCUACACCUUCGAGCCCCUCAACAUCUCUCUCUCUCUUCUCGUUCCUUUUCCACCAAGAAAAGGGUAACCAGAAAAAAAAAAAAAUCCUCCUUCUUCAACGUUCGUUCGUACUCGUACCUACUCCUGAUUGCUUCUCCUUCAAUCCCCUUCUGUUCCCGUUUCUGGGUUUCGUUCAUUUUCUGCUCUCCCCGUUUUAAUCCUCUUCUAAAACCCCUCCUAGGGUUUUAGGUGAUUUGGGGAUUUUCCUCCUCUUUUGGGGGAUUUCGCUAAUUGGUGUCGCUGUCGUUCCUCGACGAGUUCAAUCUCGUGGUUACUCGAUUUGAAUCGAUUGUUUUAUCUGAAGAGUAUGCAAUCCCCUUUUAAGCGGGGGAAAACAUAUUAACAAUGAUUGAGAAGACGAAGAAAAAGGGCAACCAUAAGAGGGCGCGAAUCAGUGAAGAGGAUAUCUCCGUCGUCUUGGAAAGGUAUACCGCGACGACAGUGUUGGCAUUGUUGCAAGAAGUAGGCCAACUUGAGGGAGUGAAGAUUGAUUGGAAUGCGAUUGUAAAGAAGACUUCAAGUGGGAUUUCUAGCGUUAGGGAGUGCCAGAUGCUAUGGAGGCACUUGGCUUAUCGACAUUGCUUAUCUGAUAAUCUGGAAGAUGGAGCUCAGCUUCAGGAUAAUGAUAGUGACUUGGAGUAUGAAUUGGAAGCAUACCCUGAAGUCAGUGGUGAGGCUUCUGCUGAGGCAGCAGCAUGUGUGAAGGUGUUGAUGGCUUCUGGUUUACCAACUGAUGCUAAUCAAGCAAAUGCGGGAACUGUUGAGGCUCCCUUGACUAUUAACAUACCAAAUAGCCAUUCAUUUCGUGCUACAUCAGAAAAUUCACAACCUGCUGCAAGAGGGAUGAAUAUCACAAUUCCUGUUUCUGUUCAGAAGCAACCGAUGCCUUUACUGGCGGCUUCGGAAGGGAUGGAUAUCAAUGGAUCUCAAAUCGGCUACAGUCAAUCCAAAAGGAAAAGAAAACCGUGGUCCGAGGCCGAGGAUCUGGAAUUGAUUGCUGCUGUACGGAAAUAUGGUGAGGGUAAUUGGGCAAAUAUAGUGAAAAGCGAGUUCAUGGGGGGUAGAACUCCUUCACAACUAUCUCAGAGAUGGGGCGUCAUCCGUAAGAAGAACAUCACCAACGUGAAACAGUUGACCAACUCCAGUGACUCCAUAAGAUCAGAAAAACAUCUGGCAACUCGUCAUGCAAUGAAUAUGGCACUUGAUCGACCACCUAGGCUAUCAUUUAUGAAUAAUAACACAGGUGGCGGGACAACUUUUGCCAGUACCAGAGCUGUGCCUUCUGUCACCUCUAAUGAAAGUCCGGUUGCAGUAAAUCAGGAGCCUCCCCUAAAGUGCCCUGCUGUCACAAAGAUUACAAAUAAUAACACAGGUGGUGGGACAACUUUUGCCAGUACCAAAGCUGUGCCUCCGCUCAGCUCUAAUGAAAGUUCGGUUGCAGCAAAACAGGAGCCUCCCCAAAAGCGCCUUGCUGUCAAAAAGUUUCAGCUGAUGGACCCAGCAGCAAAUAAGGGAGCAGCAGCAGCAGCAACAAGACAGAAUCUGGCGUCAGAUCCUGUACGAGCAGCUGCAGUUGCUGCUGGCGCUCGCAUUGCUAGCCAGUCAGAUGCUGCUUCACUCCUGAAGGCUGCUCAGGCAAACAAUGCUGUCCAUAUCAUGGCCAAACCUGGUCCACCGGGCCGACCAACUGUGCUUUCUGGUUCGUCCACUCACUCAGAGACUCGCCCCAAGGUCAACCAGCUGCCACUUCCUACCAGUUCCAGUGGUCUGAGGCAGAGUCCUUCCCCGUCAAUCGUACAGAGGCCUCCUACAUCAAUGAAGAUUUUAUCUGUCAAAAGUCGAAGCGAACUUCCACAAGUGCGAGAUGGUAAAACUGUUGAAGGUUGCAUCAAGGUCUGUUCCUCCAGUCCUGAAGGUGCUGGGAAAGCUAAAGUGCAGCAAGAAGGUGGUGGCCAUGGUGAGCAAGUGAAGAAUGAUGAUAGAACAGCAUCCGGAAAUACAGAUCCGAAACAGAAUGGCAAGGUGCCAGUUGCUCGGAACCCUGGUCCUCUUAUACUGAACAAGGUGAAUGUUGAGAAUGGCAAGGUAGGUCCCUUGGAAAAAAAGCCUCAAGAGAGUCGAAAAGAAGAUGAAAGUAAGAACAAUGGCUCCUGUUCUUCCAAAGAAAGCGAAAAGAAGCAACCUGCUACACAGGGUCGAGAAGAGAACGAUGAAAACAGAAGCAUGAACAAGCAGCAGCAGCAACAAGAUGCGCCAAAGAUUGGUAGUGGUAAUGGAUGCAGUGAGAAGAUGGAGAAAGUGGGAAGAGCAGGAGAGGGUGCUGGUAACCAAGUACAAGCUGACAAGGAUGGAGUGAAGGCAGAAAAGAGUAGUUAGCUGAAAAUAAUAAUUUUAGAGCUCUUUCAUUGGUUUUUUUUCUUCUUGUUGGUUUAAGUCUUGUUUGAGAAGAAGGGUUUCGCUCGUUUUAUUUUAUAAGUGUAAAUUGCAGUACUGUAGAAGGGAAAUGAUGAUGAGAUGGAUAUAUGGGGGAUGGCAGUGGAUGGUGUAAAUCCUUGACUUUCUAAUGUGGCUGGUGGUUCAGUGACUGAAAUUUAUUUUCUUUCGUCUGUUGAAAAUUGAAAUACAUGGUAACCUGCAGUGUUAUACUAAA